AUGCGCUCCGCCGUUCUCCUUGCUGCCGCCGCAUAUGCCAUUGGCGCGCGCGCCCAGGCAAAUGACCUCUCAGAGACCAACAACGUCACCUCCAUCGAGGGGACCUGGUCCAGUAACCCCGCGGUUUCCACCGGCGGCGACUUCUGCACUCCCUCCGCGAACAAGUUCAACCCGCCUGUCAAUACUGGCAUCUCGUACUCCUUCACCGACGACGGGUACUUUGAGGAAGCGCAGUACCAGUUUGACUCGAAUGGAGCCAAGCCCGAGUGCAUCGCUGCCAAGCUCAUCUUCCAGCACGGAAAGUACGAGUUCCAGGGCGAUUCUAUUGUGCUGCACCCCUUUGAAUCAGACGGACGUAUCCAGGUUCAGAAUGCGUGUGCCGCCGUCACGACCAACGUGUACUACUAUGCCGAGACUGUUACCUUCAAGGACUGGGGCAUCACAAUCGACCAGAGCACGGCCAACUACAAGCUCCAGUUGAACGCCUUUGACGGCCGCAAGAUGUCGCCCCUUUUCCUCAUCGCUCGCCCGCCCAACAUGCUCCCCACAGAGGUGCUGUACGGUACCAACGAGUCGGGCCAGGUCCUCUCGCGCAAGCGUAGCCCCGUCAUGGAGCAGCUCCAGAAGCGGUACUCGGGCGCCUCGUCGUACUCGACGCCCUCCCUCGUCGCUGGUUUCAGCGGAACGCUUGCUGCCGUCGUUGCCUUUAGCCUGGCGCUGUUCUAA